CAAGUGAAGGAGACGAGGGCGCAGGACCGGGCGGAAGUGAACGGGAGCGGGGCUGGCUAGCUCAUGUAGCCGUUAGCCGCGUACCGCUGGGGGGGAGGCGAGCUACCCAGCCGGGCUGCUGUGCCGAACCAUCCAUGGGCGGCUGUGUGGGGAGCCACCACGACUCCUCGGGCAGCUUGAACGAGAACUCGGACGGAACCGGAGUGGCGCUCGGGCGGAACCAACCUCUGAAGCGCGAGCGUCCAAAAUGGAAGAGCGACUACCCGAUGACGGAGGGCCAGCUGCGCAGCAAGCGAGAUGAGUUCUGGGACACGGCGCCGGCCUUCGAGGGCCGCAAGGAGAUCUGGGACGCGCUGCGUGCGGCCGCCAGCGCCUUCGAGAGCCACGACCACCAGCUGGCCCAGGCCAUACUGGACGGCGCCAGCAUCACCCUGCCGCACGGAGCUCUGACGGAAUGUUACGACGAGCUGGGGAACCGCUACCAGCUGCCCGUCUACUGCCUGUCACCGCCCGUCAACAUGAUCGAGGAGCGCUCGGACGAACCCGACGGCUCCGACCCGGACUCCGGCGGCGCCGACGCCUCGGCGGGGGGCGACGGCGGCGCGGCCGGGGACUUCCAGCUGCGGCUGCGCCUCUCCACGGGCCGCGAUCUCCGGCUCCCGGUGCGAUCCGUAGACACGGUGGGCAUGAUGAAACGCCGCCUCCAAAGUCAGGAGGGCGUGGCCGCCGCCACCCAGCGCUGGUUCUUCUCGGGUCGCCCGCUGACGGACAGACUGCGUUUAGACCAGCUCAACAUCUCGCGGGACUACGUGGUGCAGGUCAUCCUCAGCCAGCCGCCUUCCACGCCGGCGCGGAGGGCCGAGACGUCCGGGCCGGACCCGGCGGAGGAACCGCGGCAGGAGCCCACGCCCGUGGAGAAUUAGCGCCGGAGGCGGGACUCUUGACUCGGCGACGCAUUUUUACCGCAUGGCGCCGAGGUUCUGCUGACAUAAAGACUUUGAACCUUUCGCCACCUGGACUCUUCACGGCGCCUCUCCUAGCUGGAAGACGGCGCCCCCCGCUGGAUGACACGCUUUUACGUCACGCUACAAUCAUGUGUGUGUUGUGGAACAUGAUGAAGGCACAUCGUCAUCCUCCAUUGCAGCAACAACGCAUAUUUUGAUUGAAAAAGCUUUUUUUAAUUAAAAUGAUUCUUUGUUUCUAAUCUGGGACGUAUUCUUUGCAGUGUACCGAGAGGGCGGAGCCUAAUUCUCACAACGUUAAUACUGUAUUUGAUUCAUCUCUUCACUAGAGACCUAAAUAUCGGCGUUGUCGGCGCCGAUAUUUGGCAUAUGAUAGCAGUAUUUAAUGAAAUGUGAAGUAGAUAGUAAUAAUAAGCAGUGCACCAGCACCAGCCAUUUUGUCCUGCAUGAGAAAAGUUCUCUUUUUGCUGCCAAAAAUUAAAAAUGUACUCUCAUUGUCAAUAAUUC